UGUUUUUUUUAAAACAAGCUUUGGACCGAGAACCCGGAAAUGAAGCAGUAGGGCGAUGUGGAUAAAUUUGUCGGUUUUCAUUUUAAUUUUUAUACAAUUUUAUUCUGUGUCCCGCCCGGGCAUUAAGUUUGGGGGAUGUUGCUGAUACUGUGCGCCCUGUGUCUUUCUAUUCGUUCGGUUUGCCCAGAGACACACACACUGCAAUAUUUUUACACCUCGAUGACCGGAGAUGAGGAUUUUCCUGAGUUUGUACAUGUUGGACUUUUGGAUGAUGUCCAGAUAACCUACUUUGACAACAGAGUUAUGAAGGACAUUUCAAGACAGACGUGGAUGAACGGAGAACUAGAUGAUGACUACUGGAAGAAGGAGACCCAGAGGCUAAUUAAUCGGCACAAGCUGUCCAUGGCCAACCUCCAGAUAGCAAUUCAACGAACCAACAGAAACAUGACAGAGCUGAACUACCUGCAGUACACAUCAAGCUGCCAGCUGAUUGAUAACCACACGGUGAGUGGGGUCCGCCAGUUUGCCUUCAAUGGCCAAGACCUAAUCAGCUUUGACCUUGAGCACGCCACCUGGGUCACCACCUCCCCCAUCGCGAUCUCCACGAGGGACAAGUGGAACAGUGACAACAGCAACAAUCUCUACAAAAAGCAUUACACAGAGCAGAUCUGUGUCAAGUGGCUCAAGAAGUAUCUUGAAUAUGGAGCCCAGACACUGUCUCGCAAAGCUGUCCCAGAUGUGAAGGUCUACUCCAAGAUGACUCCAGAUGGGGAAAGCCUCUUUCUCCAUUGCCUGGCCACUGGAUUUUACCCACAGGCCAUCACUGUGACCUGGCUCAGGGAUGGCCAGCCUCUUCCCCCACUCAAAAACUCUGGCAUUUUACCCAACCACGACAACACCUACCAGAUAAAGGUGUCCUUGCUGUUGGAGCCUGGGGAGAGACGGCAACACGUCUGUCGUGUGCAGCACAGUAGCCAACCGGAAGGAGUGGAUUUCACCUGGGAGCCAGGCAGUGGAGUAUCUACAUUGCUGAUUGUCCUUAUCCUACUGCCGAUAGUUAUCACUGCUCUGGGAGCUGGCAUCUGGUUGAUAUACAACAGACGCUCAUGCAGAGGAUCCAAGGGGUCUAUAUCUAAAUCAGAUUCUGGUAGCGAACAAUCAGCGCAAAUGAUGCCAAGACAAGAAGGAAAUUGCAGUAGUGAGAAUGGAAAAAUGCUUGUGUAAUGAAGUGUCUGAUCAGAGACUCUGCUUAAAUUGCACUGGUUGACUCGCAGUGUGUAAUCAGGAAGGGGAAUGAAUUACAGUAUACAAAGAUUAAAUCUAAAUUAGAUUCACUAUUUGCUUACCUUUUAUGUUCAAAAGUCAGAAGUGUCCAAUUGAGAUCAUAGAGGCUCAAAACAUGGAAGCCCACUGAGUCCACAUCAACCACUAUGUGCCCAUUUACACAACAAUCCCCUCGAUACUCUCCCAUAUUCCCAUCAACUACCCCGGAUUCCACCACUCACACCAAUGUGAGUUCCAAUUUUUUUUAUUCUUCCCACACUCCUGCAACUUGCACUGGAGACAAUUUAUUCUGGCCAAAAAACCAGAUAUCUUCAAGAUGUGGAGGAAAACUGGAGCAUCCAGUGGAAACUCAGCCAGUCACAGGAAGACUGUGCAACCUGCAUACAGACAGUGCCAAGUGACUCCAUCCCCUGAUAUCUCAGGAUAUGGUCAUUUGACUGACCAAAUGGCUCUGAGUUCAUUGUUCUGACAUUUUAUCCAGAGUUCACUUCCUGUCAUCCAUAUUGUGCCUACGGCACAAUACAGGCCCUUCGGCCCACAAUGCUGUGCUGAACAUGUCCUUAUCUUGGUGCUGACUCCGUGACUCCUACAAUUUUGUCUGGAAUUGGCUGAAAGAAAGCAUGUGACUUCACUUGCUUGAGUUUAGCAUGAGAAGCGUGGCAGUAGUGUAGGCAAGUCAGCUCUUUUAGGAUCAACCGGGCCAAGCUCAACUAGAUUGAACUGAUUUGAAAAUUGAACAAGAGUGAAAAAGAUUGAAAAAGAACAUUGUUAUGUCAGGUUUGAGCUGCAAAAAACCUGUAAAUCUAAACGCUAAUUUUAUUGUGGAUUGUCUGGGUUACCAUUAUGGCCCAUGCCUUUGUAAUAUUGUAUGUGUUGUAAAUAUUUUUACUAGAUUUGUUGCAAAUGCUAAUACAACCCAUGGGUGAAAGAGA